AUGGCAUCCGAAAACAUGACUCUUAAACUUUUAGUCAACAAGGCAACCCAGAAGGUGUUAUAUGCAGAAGCCACAAAAGAGUUUGUGGACUUCCUUUUUCACUUGUUCUCUUUGCCUGUUGGCACCUUGAUCCAGCUUGUGGGCUCCAAACAAAUGACCGGUUGCUUAGGUAAACUAAAAGAAAGCCUCGAAAGCUUUAAUCAAAUCUACUUUCAACCUGGCGUCAAUAAAGAUAAUAUGUUCAAUUCCAGUACAACGUUCAAUGGGAACAUGUUUCUAUUGGAUGAUGUUUCUGCUAAAGAUAAACCGGCUACAUCAACAACAAAACACUACUCAUGUAGUUUUCUGUAUAAACCCAGUAAGACUAACACCUGUGGUUAUUAUACUGAGAAUCCGUCUACUUUGUGUCCUAGUUGUCUGCGUGGAAUGAGUUAUCCUUUGACCCUCAUCGAGACACCCGUGUUAAAGGAACCCGACGUGAAACUGAAGAGAGGUUUUGUGAAAGAGGUUGUGACUUAUAUGGUGAUGGAUGAUUUGGUGGUUAAGCCUUUGUCCACUUUUUCAAGCAUUGCUUUCAUCAAUAGUUGUGGAGUGAAUGAUAUGACUCAGCUUGAGGAGAGAACAUUGCAUAUAGGAGAAGAAGAGGCAUUGAAGCUCUUGAAGGCAUCUUUAUCAACCAAUUCGGUGUUAACCAGUCUGUUACAGAAGAUAAAAGUGGAAGGAUCAGACGAAUCAAGAAAGCGGAGCAGGGAAGUAGGCGGAGGCGGAGCGGUGGAGCAUGUUUGA